AUGUCUGGAUUUUUCUCACUAGGAGGAGGUAUCGGAAUCGGUAAAGUUGACGAAGAACACCACCAUCAUUUGCAAGAUCAAGAGCAUGAUGAUGGUAUAAUUAGCCCCCAAAGCUUGUAUCUGUUCAAGAACGAGGAGAUCUACAGCAAAGGUUUCGAAUUAUGGCAGGAGUGUUAUCAGUUUCACCAGCACCGGCAACAUCUCUACCAACCACCACAGCAUUAUGAUCAGUUGGGUGUUGGUAGUCGUAGUGAUCGGAGGAGAAGCAGUAGUGUUAGUAGCGGAGUCAGUGGUGGCGUGGAUGAUCUUGAUCGUAACGCGUCUUCCUGGAAUAUUUUCGGUGGUGUUGGUAGUACAGUGAUGAGGCAGGGUGGGUACGGAAUCGGCGGUGGCAGCGGAAGCGGAAGCGGCAGUGGCAGUGGCAGCGGAAUGAAUUGUCAAGACUGCGGAAACCAGGCUAAGAAAGACUGUGAGCAUAUGAGGUGCAGGACUUGCUGCAAGAGCCGUGGGUUUCACUGUCAAACCCACGUCAAGAGCACAUGGGUACCGGCGGCUAAACGACGGGAACGCCAACACCAACUCAUGUCGUUAACUCAACAACAACACCACCACCAACACCAACAGGAUUUAGGCAACCAGCAGCUGAGUCUGAUGAUGAGAGCCAGCGGCGGUGGUGAGAGUGGUGACGAUCAGAUUCCCAAGAGACUACGAGAAGAUCAUCAACACCAACCCAGUAUCGCCGUCGCCGGCAGCGGCGGUGGUAUGGGUAUGAUUUUGCCUGCUCCACAGCAUCACAACACUUCAGGGUUAGAAGUGGGUCAUUUUCCGGCUGAAGUGAAUUCUCCGGCGGUUUUCCGGUGCGUUAGGGUGAGUGCCAUGGACGAGGCUGAGGAGCAGUUGGCUUAUCAGACGGCUUUGAACAUCGGUGGGCAUGUUUUCAAGGGAAUUCUAUACGACCAUGGUCCUGAAGGUCGAUACAACAACCCUGGCGAAGGUAGUUCAUCCGGCGGUGGUGGUGCUCAACUUCAACAACUUAUUACUUCCGGCAGGACGGCUGGUGCGACGGCGUCCACCAGCAUCCAUCCAGCUGUCAAUUUUAUUGACCCUUCUUCCACAUACCCGACUCCUUUCAGUGCUUUCAUGGCGGGUACGCAAUUCUUCCCACCACCAAGAUCUUGA